AUGUCUUGGGCAGGGCCAAACGGCAAUAACAACCCCUUCAAUCGUCCAGGCGGGCCCCAAGGCUUCUGGAAUUUGAUACACUCUCUCGACCCCAACAUGCGCGCCGGCGCCGGCGUCGAUCAUUCAGCCCCUUGGGCUAACCUCCCCGCCGGCUUUCCCUUUCAUGGUUCCGAAUUCGGCUUUGGCGGCGGUCCCGGCGGCUGGGGUGCUUACGGCGGUUGGGGAGAGCACCGACGAGGCUUCGGCCACCGUCGCGGCGGCGGCCGAUGUGGUGGCCGGGGCCAUCACGGCCCCCAUGGUCGUCACGGCAUGAACGAGGCCGACGAGGCCGAUGAGGCCAUGCGCGACCCCGAAGAGGCCAUGCGUGACGCCCCCGAGGAGACUGGCAACGUCUCUGAGAAGGAGAAGGACGACUCUCCCGGCACCAUGCGCGACAGCCCUGAUGAGAGUCCCGAGCACGACUUUCCCCAGGGCCCAGGACGGCGCGGUCGCGGACGUCACGGCCGUGGACCCCCGGGCGGCGACCCCUGGCACCACAGCCGAGGCCAUCCUCAUGGCCACCACGGUCCUCGAGGCCCACCACCGCCGCCUCCCGGCCCCCAUCCCCCAUUCUUCGGCGCCGGUCACCACCACCCACCCCCGCCUCCGCCUCCGCCAUACAACCAGCCCCAAGGCUUUGACUUCGCCAACCUGCAAGAAUAUCUGAGCCAGUUCGCGGGCCACCCCUUCGCUCAACAGAUCCGCGAGUGGGCGACCCGCUUCGGCGGCCUUAACAAUCCCGCCACCGGCGACGGCGUCCGCGGCGGUCCCACCUUCGCCAACGAUGACGACUCGUUCACGCCGCCCGUCGACAUCUUCGCCACGGAGAAGUCCUACAUCUUGCACUUCGCGCUCCCGGGCGCCAAGAAGGACGACAUUGGCGUCGACUGGGAUGCCGAGAAGGGCGAGCUCCGCGUCGCGGGCGUGGUCUAUCGCCCCGGCGACGAGGACUUCCUUGCGACCAUGGCGUCGAGCGAGCGCAGGAUCGGCAUGUUUAGCCGCUCCGUCCCCUUGCCGCCUGCCGGCUCCGAGAGAGAGGAUAUUGACGCGCUGUCCAUCACGGCCAAGAUGGAGGAUGGUAUCCUCAUUGUUACCGUCCCCAAACUCGAGAAAGAGUGGACUGAGAUUCACAAGGUUGACAUCGAGUAA